AUGUUUAUCAACGGUCGUCUCCAUUUGGCUUAUCAGACGUUACUCGUCGCGCGGCCAUCACAUUUCUACCGAUUCUACUCGAGAAUGGCGGCCGAAGGUGAGCGAGUUGUACAUAAGGAUGAGAUGCGACAGUUCAUGGUGAACUGCAUGACGAAAGUAGGGACCAGUGAAGCUCAUGCUGUUCAGUUAGCUGACGUUCUAUUAGAAGGAGACAUACGGGGCCAUUAUUCUCAUGGUUUGAAUCGACUAGGAAUGUAUGUUCAAGAUGUCAAGUUGAACAUUUGUAAGGGUGACGGUGAGCCGAAAAUCUUGAAGGAGCGCGCCGGAACAGCCUGGGUUGAUGGUAACAACGUGUUGGGACCGGUUGUCGGCAACUUCUGCAUGGAUUUGGCAAUUAAAAAAGCGAAAGAGGCUGGAAUCGGAUGGGUUGUGGCAAAAGGCUCAAAUCAUUAUGGAAUCGCUGGUUGGUAUACGCUUCGUGCCAUGAAACAAGGAAUGCUGGGAAUGUCCAUGACCAACACGUCGCCAUUCGAAUACCCAACGAGGAGUGCGAAGCCCGCUCUCGGAACAAACCCGAUCAGUGUGGCAGCUCCUGGUGAGAACGGCGACGCCUUCGUUCUCGAUAUGGCUUCGACAACGGUGGCAAUCGGAAAGGUACGAUUUUCAUUCGGCAGAUCUCAUCUGAUAGACUGUACAAGUACAAACAAUAAAUGCGCGAUGGAAAUAAGAGCAAAUGAACAACAACCGAGUAAAAGCCAAGACUAG